AUGCGGUUUGAACGAGUCUGGCAGUCGCCGCGAUCUUACAGCCGCGAUGUCCGCCGUGCGGUCUCCGACCUCACGCACCGGCAGCUUUCGGGCGUGGCGGGGAAGCUGCGCAUCCUCACAAUCAUGCUGAAUCGACCGGAGUGGGCUAGGCGUCCGCUGACGGUGCACUUCUUGAACAAAGAGCACCAGGCCAUGGUCGAAGCGUGCGAGCCAGGGCUGCCCGCAAACGUGAUCCAAGUGGUCGGGCCUUGGACUGGGUUUCCAUAACGAGGGUUGGUUGAGAAGUAGGAAAACUAAAUCUUCCAUUGUAGUAAAGCGGUUCCUUUCUCUGUUCCACACAAGGGUUCUCUGCUAGUCUUGAACAAGGCUCGGUAAUCUGGGACUAUUCAAGUUUCGACCACUGCAAUGAAAUGGACUACUGAAGAUUGUUUAUUUUGGG